AUGCCCUAUCGUCAUCAUCUUCCACCAUUAUCAACCCGACUCAUCCAAAUCGGAUGUGCCAUCACCUGGUGUCUAGUUGCAGCAGGUAUAGUAUUUGGAUUCGCCGCCAUCAAACCAAUCCUAAUAUCUGAACAUGUCUAUGAAGAAAAAUGUCAAAUCUCCGCCUUUGAAGAAGUUAAAUGUUCUGCACAAGAAUUGGCACUAGAUUUAUUAUUUACUUUAGCAUGUAUGACGACUAAUAUUUCGGCUUUGCCUGUUGGUUGGAUAUUGGACUCGUAUGGUCCGCAAGUGACUGGAAUUAUUGGAGCCGGGGUUUUGGUAUUUGCAUCGAUUUCUUUGAGUUUUGCGAAUAAGUUGGCGAAGAUUGAUGGAUAUUUGAUUGGAUAUAGUUUAUUAGCCCUCGCGGGGCCAUUUGUUUUCAUUUCAUGUUUUCAAUUAGCGAAUAGUUUCCCCAAACAUUCAGGAUUAAUAUUGGCGUUGAUUACAGGAUCGUUUGAUUCUAGUUCGGCGUUGUUUUUGUUUUAUAGAUUGUUUUAUACGAAUGUCUACCAGCUUUCAUUGAGUGGAUUUUUUGGGUUUUAUUUAAUAGUGCCGGUGUUUAUUUGUUUAUGUCAGGUUUUUAUUAUGCCUAAGGAAUCAUAUAAGACUGUUGCUACCUUGGCCAAGAUUGCUGAAACGGGGAUAGAUGAGACUGGGAAACCUUUGGAUGUGGAUUUGUUACUUCCUCAAGAUCAACCAAUAUUACAAAGUGACCAAGACGAGGAAGAAGAUGAUGAAGUAGUAGAACAAGAUGAAGGAGUCCAAUUCUAUCAACCUACAAUCUCCGAAACAGCCCAUCUCUUAAUCAGAAGAGAUCCAAUCCCUGACGAAAACCCCCAUGUCCGCCGUGCAUCCUUCACAUCCGUCCACUCAAAUAAAUCGGCAUAUGAACAAGAAGCCGACAUAAAAUUAAUCAACUCCACUGGAGGAGUGUUCGGAAUCAUGCAUGGAUAUUCUAUUCGUGCUCAAAUGUCAUCUCAUUGGUUCUUAUUAAUGACUUUCUUUACAACUAGUCAAAUGUUAAGAAUCAAUUAUUUUGUUGCCACUAUAAAAUCCCAAGAACUUUAUUUAUAUGACAAUAAUGAAGAAUUAGCUACUUCCAUAAAUCAAUUUUUUGAUUUAGCAUUACCAUUAGGUGGAGUGGUUGCUAUUCCUUUUAUCGGACUCAUAUUGGAUAAUUGUACAACAUUGGCAGUUUUGACAAGUUUGACUUGUCUUUCCCUAUUUGCUCAUAUUAUGGGACUCUUGGCAUGGAUACCGGGGACAUAUAUGGGGAUAUUGGUCUUGGUUGUAUAUCGACCAUUUUUUUAUACUGCAGUUAGUGAUUUUUGUGCAAAAGUAUUUGGAUUUGAUACAUUUGGAACAGUAUAUGGAACCAUUAUUGCAUUUUCUGGGUUAUGUAAUGUUUUCCAACAAGUAUUGGAUAAAGCUACACAUGAAAUGUUUAAUAAGAAUCCUGGACCUGUUAAUAUUUUAUUGACAGGGUUGACGGCCAUUACAGGAUUGGCGAUUAUUGGAUUUGUGAGGUCACAGGAAUUAGAGAUUAAGAGACGACAAUUGGAGGUUGAAGCUCAAGAAGCUAUCAAUAGACCAAUUCCUACAUAG